GCUGCGCCGGGGGCCGCCGGCGGGUUCCUGAGGUGGCCUCCGCCCCGGCCGCUCCGCCCACGCCCCCCGCGCCUCCGCGCCCGCCUCCGCCCACCCUGCGCCUCCCUUCCCCCUCCCCGCCCCGCGGCUGCCGCUCGGCCCCGGCUUGCGCUUCGAAGAUGGCGGCGCUGAGUGGCGGCGGUGGCAGCAACAGCGGCGGUGGCGGCGGUGGCGGCGGCGGCGGCGGCGGCAGCGGUGGCGGCGGCGGCCCCGAGCAGGACCAGGCUCUGUUCAAUGGAGACAUGGAGCCGGAGGCCGGCGCUGGCGCCGCGGCCUCUUCGGCUGUGGACCCGGCCAUUCCCGAAGAGGUGUGGAAUAUCAAGCAAAUGAUUAAAUUGACACAGGAACAUAUAGAGGCCCUAUUGGACAAAUUUGGUGGGGAACAUAAUCCACCAUCAAUAUACUUGGAGGCCUAUGAAGAGUACACCAGCAAGCUAGAUGCCCUCCAGCAAAGAGAACAACAGCUAUUGGAGUCCCUGGGGAAUGGAACUGAUUUUUCUGUUUCUAGCUCAGCGUCAAUGGACACCGUUACAUCCUCCUCUUCCUCUAGCCUUUCAGUGCUACCUUCAUCUCUUUCAGUUUUUCAAACUCCUACCGAUGUAUCAAGAAACAACCCCAAGUCACCACAAAAACCUAUUGUUAGAGUCUUCCUGCCCAACAAACAGAGGACAGUGGUACCUGCAAGAUGUGGCGUUACAGUCCGUGACAGUCUAAAGAAAGCACUGAUGAUGAGAGGUCUUAUCCCAGAGUGCUGUGCUGUUUACAGAAUUCAGGAUGGAGAGAAGAAACCAAUUGGCUGGGACACUGAUAUUUCCUGGCUUACUGGAGAGGAAUUGCAUGUAGAAGUACUGGAGAAUGUCCCACUUACAACACACAACUUUGUACGGAAAACUUUUUUCACCUUAGCAUUUUGUGACUUUUGUCGAAAGCUGCUUUUCCAGGGUUUCCGCUGUCAAACAUGUGGUUAUAAGUUUCACCAGCGUUGUAGUACAGAGGUUCCACUGAUGUGUGUUAAUUAUGACCAACUUGAUUUGCUGUUUGUCUCCAAGUUCUUUGAGCAUCACCCAGUACCACAGGAGGAGGCCUCCUUAGCAGAGACUGCCCUUACAUCUGGAUCCCCUUCCGCACCCCCUUCAGACUCUAUUGGGCCCCAAAUCCUCACCAGUCCAUCUCCUUCAAAAUCCAUUCCAAUUCCACAGCCCUUUCGACCAGCAGAUGAAGACCAUCGAAAUCAGUUUGGGCAGCGAGACCGGUCCUCUUCAGCUCCCAAUGUUCAUAUAAACACAAUCGAACCUGUCAAUAUUGAUGAAAAAUUCCCAGAAGUGGAAUUACAGGAUCAAAGGGAUUUGAUUAGAGACCAGGGGUUUCGUGGUGAUGGAGCCCCCUUGAACCAGCUGAUGCGCUGUCUUCGGAAAUACCAAUCCCGGACUCCCAGCCCCCUCCUACAUUCUGUCCCCAGUGAAAUAGUGUUUGAUUUUGAGCCUGGCCCAGUGUUCAGAGGGUCAACUACAGGUUUGUCCGCCACCCCUCCUGCCUCAUUACCUGGCUCACUCACUAAUGUGAAAGCCUUACAAAAAUCUCCAGGACCUCAGCGGGAAAGGAAAUCAUCAUCAUCCUCAGAAGACAGAAAUCGAAUGAAAACACUUGGUAGACGAGAUUCAAGUGAUGAUUGGGAGAUUCCUGAUGGACAGAUAACAGUGGGACAAAGAAUUGGAUCUGGAUCAUUUGGAACUGUCUACAAGGGAAAGUGGCAUGGCGAUGUGGCAGUGAAAAUGUUGAAUGUGACAGCACCCACACCUCAACAGUUACAGGCCUUCAAAAAUGAAGUAGGAGUACUCAGGAAAACGCGACAUGUGAAUAUCCUACUUUUCAUGGGCUAUUCAACAAAGCCACAGCUGGCUAUUGUGACCCAGUGGUGUGAGGGCUCCAGCCUGUAUCACCAUCUCCACAUCAUCGAGACCAAAUUUGAGAUGAUCAAACUUAUAGAUAUUGCACGGCAGACUGCACAAGGCAUGGAUUACUUACACGCCAAGUCAAUCAUCCACAGAGACCUCAAGAGUAAUAAUAUAUUUCUUCAUGAAGACCUCACGGUAAAAAUAGGUGAUUUUGGUCUAGCCACAGUGAAAUCUCGAUGGAGUGGGUCCCAUCAGUUUGAACAGUUGUCUGGAUCUAUUUUGUGGAUGGCACCAGAAGUAAUCAGAAUGCAAGAUAAAAACCCAUAUAGCUUUCAGUCAGAUGUGUAUGCAUUUGGAAUUGUUCUGUAUGAACUAAUGACUGGCCAGCUACCUUAUUCGAACAUCAACAACAGGGAUCAGAUAAUUUUUAUGGUGGGACGAGGCUAUCUAUCUCCAGAUCUCAGUAAGGUACGGAGUAACUGUCCAAAAGCCAUGAAGAGAUUAAUGGCAGAGUGCCUCAAAAAGAAAAGAGACGAGAGACCACUCUUUCCCCAAAUUCUCGCCUCUAUUGAGCUGCUGGCCCGCUCAUUGCCAAAAAUUCACCGCAGUGCAUCAGAACCCUCCUUGAAUCGGGCUGGUUUCCAAACAGAAGAUUUUAGUCUGUAUGCUUGUGCUUCUCCUAAAACACCCAUCCAAGCAGGGGGAUAUGGAGAAUUUGCAGCCUUCAAGUAGCCACUCCAUCAUGGCAGCAUCUGCUCUUUAUUUCUUAAGUCUUGUGUUCACACAAUUUGUUAACAUCAAAACACAGUUCUGUUCCUCAAAUCUUUUUUUUUUAAAGAUACAAAAUUUUCAAUGCAUAAGCUCGUGUGGAACAGAAUGGAAUUUCCUAUUCAACAAAAGAGGGAAGAAUGUUUUAGGAACCAGAAUUCUCUGCUGCCUGUGUUUCUUCUUCAACACAAAGAUCACGUGCAUACAAGUCUGCCCAUUCCCAGGAAGAAAGAGGAGAGACCCUGAAUUCUGCCCUUUUGGUGGUCAGGCAUGAUGGAAAGAAUUUGCUGCUGCAGCUUGGGAAAUUUGCUAUGGAAAGUCUGCCAGUCAACUUUGCCCUUCUAACCACCAGAUCAGUUUGUGCCUGGAUAUCUGAUGGGGCAGUUUCCAACACCAAGCAUCAUUCUUGCCUAUUCUGGGAUUAUGUUGUGGAGCGCUUUCCCUAUCCACCACCGUUAAUUUCUGAGGGAUGGAGUAAAUGCAGCAUACCCUUCAGUCUUCAACAGAGGUUAUCACGGUGAAGCUCUUUAAAUUAGUGGAGGGUUUGAGGUGAGGAGGGACUGCUCUGGGGACCGAGAAAAGGGGAUGCUGCAUCUUCCUCACCUCCUGCUCUCUCACCUUGGGUUGCCUUGCUCCCUGGGCUUUGCCUAACCACUCGGGCUGGACAGUGCUGGCACACAUUGCCUUCUUUUCUCAUUGGGUCCAGCAAUGGAGGUGAGGGUUGGGGGAUUGUUUCCUCCACAAUGUAGCAAAUUCUCAGGAAAAUACAGUCCAUAUCUUCCUCUCAGUUCUUCCAGUCACCAAAUACUUACAUGGCUACCUUGUCCAGAGCACAAAAUGCCAUGGACAGCAUCUAAUUAAAAGCCUACAAAACUGCUUACUGACAGUUUUGAAUGUGAGAAAUUAGUGUAAUUUAAGUGUAAGGUACAGAUUUUAAUUUCUGAGUUUCUUCUAUUUUUAUUUUAAAAAAAUAAUUUUCAGGUUUAAUUGGAUUAAAAGAAUACUUCCCACCAGAAUAUAUAUCCUGAAAAUUAUAUUUUUGUUAAUUGUAAGCAACUUUUAAAGAAUGACUAUUAUCCUUUUCUUUACCCAAAAUUAUGGGGAGUCUUAGCAUAAUGACAGUUAUUUAUACUUUUUAAAUUAAUGGUACUUGCUGGAUCCACACUAACAUCUUUGCUAGCAAUCCCAUUGUUUAUUCCAACUUAACGCCUACACUACAUCCUACAUCCUCUUUCUAGUCUUUUAUCUAUAAUAUGCAACCUAAAAUAAAAAUGGUGGUGUCUCCAUUCAUUCUCCUUCUUCCUUUUUUCCCCAAGCCUGGUCUUCAAAAGGUUGGGUAACUUAGAAGCUGAGUUCCCUAGACAGAAAUAGAACUGUUAGGGACAUUGGAGUUAAAGGAAGGUGUGAGGCCUGUCAUCAAUUGUUUAUAUAGAACCCUAAAUCUGAACUUUGCACAGAUCAAAAUUAUAACCUAGUUACAACUUCCCUUGGCCUUUAUUUAAGGGUAAUUUAAGAAAAUCACUAGUAGCAAAGAAAGUGACUAGAUGUAUUAAUGGCCUGUACCUUUCUUAUCCAGGAAUCUUGAAUUUAGAAAUGCAAAUUAAAAGAGAUGUACUUAGCAACUACACUAUAGCCAAGAACUUAAAAAAAAAAAAACCUAUAGAAUCUAAAAUAAAAUGGAGUUUUAAAUUAUUUUCAAAUUAUAACCGAUCCCACUAUAUAUUUAAGCGUCCUCAAAACAGAUGAUUUUUUUUGCGAAAAUAUCUGUAAUUGAAGGAAGGCCUAUCGAAAAUUUUAUGAAUCCCCCAUAAACUGGAAAAUAUUCUGAACUUAUUAAUCAGCAGCAAUGCAUUUUUAAGUCUUUCAUGGGCAGGAGAGUAUCUUAAAAACCUUAGAAACUGAGAUGAAAAUGAUUCCUACGGAUAUGAAAAAUAGCCUCUGCAUAUGCUAUGCCACAUUUGAAAGACAUUGUCACCCUUUUAAAUGUUUCUUAGCAUGGCUUUGUUGCCUUUGCCCAGGAUUAGCUAGAAAGAGCUAGGCUUUGGCCAUUGAUGCACAUUUAGGUCCUGCUGAGGAGUUGGAGCCUCCUUGGUGCAUGGCCACCUCCUUACUGGAAAAGGGGACCAGCACCCUUAAGGAGGGAGCUUAGCAUGUGAGUGUCUAGACACAAUGCGAAGAGUUUCUUCUUCCUUUCAUUUUAGUGUAGGUUGCUAUCUCACUUGAAAAGGGAAAGUAACAUUGAUAGUAAAUGAAGCUGUGCCCAGAAGCCAGGCUCAGGGUAUUGAGAGAUUUUUUUUUUAAAUAGAGAAUAUAAAAAGUAGAAAUAAAUAUUUAAACCUUCCUUAUUUUCUAUCAAAUAGUUUUCUUGUUUACAAACAACAUGAAAAAGGUUUCCUUUGUGUUUUUUUUUCUUUAUUUUUUUAUGCUUAGACUGCAGAUAAUCUUGUUGAGCUCCUAAGAAAAGACAAGGAAGUCCUUGUUUGUGCAGAGCACUUUAUGAGUAAUUGUAUAGACAGAAUAUGGCUGCUUUUCUCAUCUUAUAAGGCUGUAGCUGUAGGUCCAGAAGUGGUUGUGGUGCCUCCUGAGAUCUUUUUUGUUUGGGUUAGGAGUGGAGUCUUGGAAAAGUUUGAGAACAACUAUGUAAAAUUGUUUUUAAGUAUGUAGUAUUCCUGAUGGACUUUUCACCAUUAAGCUACAGGACCCAAACUUUUGCCACUGAGAUAUUAUUAACCUUGAAAUGUAGUUUAGAGAAGGAACUUGUGAAUAGUAUAUCCAGUGUGAUCCUUUAUACUUAUAUGCAUCUUCAACUAAGAUUGUAUAACUCAGAUUCUGGUUCCUGAACAGCCCAUCUCUUAAGUAUACAUGAGGUCUGGGAAGGCGUAAUGAGGCAUCCUAAAAGAUGAUCCGAUAUAAACUGUAUGCUAGAUUUUUGCUGGUACGGGAGAAAGCAUUAUGUAAAGAUGUAAUUCAGGACUUGAGCACUGUCCACGAGAAACCUUGUAAAUACUUCCUUGGUCUUGGUGCAGUCCCACUUUUUUAUCAUGUGAUGUCUUGUACUUGUCAGGCACUGUCAGAGCUGCUGUUUGUCCUCUUCAGAUCUCACCCGUCCCCAUCACACAUCCACCUCCCGGCCUCUUGCAAACCUCAGCAUCUAGCUUUAGUUGGAAAUGCAGUGCAGGGAUCAGGUGACCUCUUCAAAAAACUACCUCCUCAGAAUGAGGUAAUGAAUAGUUAUUUAUUUUAAAGUAUGAAAAGUCAGGAGCUCUAGAACAUGAAGAUGAUACAAGAUUUUAACGUUUAUGUGUACUUGUAGUUGAGUACUUGUUUUGUCCUAAAGGGCAUUAUACAUUUAAGCAGUGAUACUGUUUAAAAUUUUCUUUAAAGGUGUAGCUGAGAGUAUCUACUGUUGGAAUUGGUACCAGAGUCUGCUUAAUGUAUUUCAGAAUCUUAACCUUAAAUCAGUCGCAUGAAGUUAAAUAGUUACAGUAACACUUUGCUAACAAUGAUAAAAUUCUACUUUUCAGUAGUAGAUUUGGCAAAACAGUACACCUUCAUAGUAAGUUGGCCACAGCUUUGUCACACACAGAGAUGUUCAUCUAAAGAGACUGCCCAGCUAAGAGGGUAGAAGGAUACCCUUUUUAUAAGAUUCUCUUCUUUGUCCAAGCUGGCACUGUCAGUCUGUAAUACCCGCACCUUGACCAGCAGGUGUCAACCAAUAAGCUACUUUUAAAACCAUAGCCAGAGAUGGAAAGUUCACUGUGAGUAGAAACAGCAGGUAGCUUACAGAAGUGAGACAGUGUAGGGAAGCUCUAGAAAAAUACCUUGACAAUUUGCCAAAUGAUCUUACUGUGCCUUCAUGAUGCAAUAAAAAAGCUAACAUUUUAGCAGAAAUCAGUGAGUUAUGAAGAGAACAGCCAGUCUGGUUUAACUCAGCUGUGUUAAUAUUUUUUAGAGUGCAAUUUAGACUGCGAAGAUAAAUGCACUAAAGAGUUUAUAGCCAAAAUCACCUUUAAAAAAUGAGAAAAUGGUAAAUUUUCAAUGAACAAAAUUAUUUUUUUAAAGCGCAUAUUCCCUAGUAUAGCCAGAAAUAUUUACCACAUAGAGCAAAUAGGUUGAAAAUACAGUUCAGUGACAUUUCUAGAGAAACUUUUUCUACUCUCAUAGGCUCUUCAAAGCAUGGAACUUUUAUACACGUUUGACAUUUUAAGAUACUGCUGUAGUUUAGUUUUGAAGUAGUUUGUGCUGGGCAGCAAUCAUGUACUAACUCAGUAAGAAAAACACAUUGUAGGUCUGAUUUGUUUCCAAAGAAAUGCUGCCAACCUAGACACCGAGUGUUCAAAGCUUGAAGUGUGAAUUUACCUACCAAGACCUGUUUGCAAACGAAGUUGGCUAGUGCUGCUGACUGCUCUAGUGCAUGGUGGAAGACAGGGCUGUCUCUGCGAGUGUCUUUUGUAAAGGGACAUUGGAAUAGUCAAAGACUUGGCUAGUGCAGUGCAUGUAAACUGGACACUCCAUGCUGUGGUCUUUGCAUCCUCUCUCCUUACUAUCCCCAAUGUGUCCUUUAGCUGUUUCACUCAGAUUCCAAGAUGAGUUACUGAUGCCGGAAGGGACUGAAGUGGUCAGUGUGUUUGUGGUCCAUGUUGCUAACUCUGGUAUAGUUGAAGAUGCUGGCCAGAUGUUUGUUACAUCAGUACACCAGACAAUAACUUAAAUACUUUCAGAUAACUUAUUUCUACUUCCAUUUGGGCAGAGACAUUUAAAUUGAAAUUCAGGCCUAAUUUUUGUCAUUUGAGAGGAAAAAUUAACAGUUCCUCCUAUGAGGUAUUUUUGAGGUAGAACCUGAAGUCCUAAUCUGUCUUUCCCCACUGGGGUUUGCAGCAAGGAUUCUACCACUGAACCACAUUUCCUAGUAUGUAAAAUGUUAACAGUUAAAAAUCUCUAAAAUCUCUCUCUCUCCUUCUCCCCCUCUCUCUCCCUCCCCUUGUCCCCCUCUCUCUCUUAGGGACACCUAGCUAUCACCUUAUUAAAUUAAUAAAGGUGGAUCCUUUAUUUCAGUCUUCACAACUCCGUGUCCCUUAUUACUCCAUCUGUGUAACUAAACUGUUUACUUUUAUUUAGCUGUUUUGAAUAGUUGCAGUGAUAUAACCAGUUGUGCAUGAGGACAACAGCCAGUGUGUUGUUUUUGUGGUGCAUUUUUUGUAAAGAAUUCUGUAGAUUGAAGUGCUCUUUGAAAACAGAACUGAAAUAUUUAUUCUUGUUAGUAUCGAAAAAUGUUUUGUGCACAUCAUUUGCUUUUCCUGGCAGGCUGAGUACAUUCUCCAGCACCCAUGAUUGCUGGUUCCCAUCUACAGUGUACACAGGGAGACAGGCGGGAAGCACAUGGAAGAGUGUGUUUACAGAGCUGGGAUGGGGAUUAUGAGUGAGUUACUUAGUCCUAUUUUUGCCUUGAAAAUCACUGUUCUAAGACUUUUGAACCCAUGUGUGUUUGGCUGGGCUGAGUUACAUAGGAAGAAACUGCAGGCUAACAUAGCCAAACAAAGCUCACGGACUAGGCACAAAUGGAAGGAAAUGGACCAAAAUAUGGUAGGGUGACACUUAAAAUCUGGGACUUAGGGAAAAACUCAAGGUGGGAGAUGAACUAUAGUCACCUGAAAUACUAUGUAAGAGUGCAAUAAGUGUGCUUCUUAUUCUAAGCUGUGAACUUUUAAAAUCAUUCCUUUUUAAUACAUUUAACGUAUGUUCCAUUGCUGACUAGAACCAGCUAUGUGAACAUAUACCUUUUUAGUCAUGUUAAUUACCAACAUAAGUGGCUAACCUUGAUGUCUUAUUUAUCUUCAUGUUGUAUUAGUUUACAUACCAGGUAUAUGUGUGUAUGCUGUACUUUUCCUCCCUUUAUUUGAAAUACUUUGGGUCAUUUCCUUUGGCCAUGCCACAAUACAGUGUUGGUUUGGCUUCGUCACCUUUAUUUGAAGGACUGUGUCCCAGUAGCAGAGUUUAUGGUAUUCCCAUUGUUGGGUGUACUUCUGAUCCUUUGCUUCUCCAGCACCUGCCUCUCCUAAGGUAGUCACACAACUAACUGAUCAGGGGACGGACUUCACCAUUCAUCCUGUCUCUCGGAUUCUAUUAAAUAGACCACUCUCUGGCUAUAGACCAGGAAAGAGGAGACAACCCUAGCCAUCUACCAAGCCUCACCCUAAAUGGUUGUAUGUACUUCUUGGUCUGAGGACAAGUCUCCAAUAAGGGAGAGGGAAGGCAAAUGCUUCAUGUUUGAACUACAGUGAGUUACAGCUCCCUGUUUCACCACCAAAACCUAUGGCAAUCUGCACCCAUUCCUCCUGUCUGUAACUGCCAGAGGUUUGGGUUUGUGUCACUUCAGUUCCACUCAAGCAUUGGAAAGGUUUUCUGGAGUCUGGGGUGUGCCCAGGGAAAAGGCGGGGACUUUUUCAUUAUCCACAGACCUCUCUAUACCUGCUUUGCAAAAAUUAUAAUGGAGUAACUAUUUUUAAAGCUUAUUUUUCAAUUCAUAAGAAAAAGACGUUUAUUUUCAAUCAAAUGAAUGAUGUCUCCCUAUUACCCCUUAUUCCUCAAUGUCUGCUUGAUUUUUUUUCUUCUCUAUACCUACUUCCUAUUACUUUAGUUCUUUUCCUGCUCAGGUCCCUUCAUUUGUACUUUGGAGUUUUCUCAUGUAAAUUUGUAUAAUGGAAAAUAUUGUUCAGUUUGGAUAGAAAGCAUGGAGAAUUAAAUAAAAAAGAUAGCUGAAAAUCAAAUUGAAGAAAUUUAUUUCUGUGUAAAGUUAUUUAAAAACUCUGUAUUAUAAAAAGGCCAAACAAAGUGCUAUGUAAUUGAUGUGAAUAUGCGAAUACUGCUGUAAUAAAGAUUGACUGCAUGGAGAA